AUCCUCUCUCCACCAUCUGCUGUGUUAUUUCUUCCUCACCACCGUUCUUGCCACGUAUUCGAACCCAACAAUCACCUUUCGCACAUCAUGGAUAAAUUGGUCGCCCAAUACACGCGGGCGCCGCACCAGAAUGAGUUCUACUCCGAGCAAGAACAGCGUGAGCUCACCGAGAGCCUUCCACCUCUGUCCUUGAAGUUCAGCCUUCCUCCCGUCGAUAAUUCCAGAGCCUUCCUCCGUGCUAUGACCGAUGACCACUCGAACCCCAGCUGUCCCAUCAAACUUGCCCACGGAACGACGACGCUGGCUUUCCGGUUCCAGGGCGGAAUUAUCGUCGCGACAGAUUCCAGAGCCACCGCUGGAAACUGGAUCGCCAGUCAGACAGUGAAGAAGGUUAUCCCUGUUUCGCGGUUGAGUCGCGGCGAAGAUAAGCCGACGAACGAGCCGACUCCGGGUCUGCUGGGAACCAUGGCUGGUGGUGCUGCUGAUUGUCAAUAUUGGUUGAGAUAUCUGAGCCAGCAAUGCACACUGCACGAAAUCCGACACAAGCGCCGUAUCACCGUCGCCGCGGCCUCGAAAAUCCUCGCCAACCUAACAUACGCGUACAAGGGGAUGGGUCUGAGCAUGGGAACGAUGUUAGCAGGCAUGACCCCGCAAGAAGGCCCCGCCCUCUACUACAUCGACUCCGACGGCACCCGGCUGGCCGGCAACCUCUUCUGCGUCGGCUCCGGUCAGACCUUCGCCUACGGUGUGCUGGACGCCAACUACCGGUACGACCUGACCGAGCAGGAGGCCCUCGAGCUCGGCCGCCGCAGUAUCCUGGCCGCCAUGCACCGCGACGCCUACUCCGGUGGGUUCAUCAACCUGUACCACGUCAAGGAGGAAGGCUGGGUCCACCACGGCUUCGACGAUAUGAACCCCAUAUUCUGGAAGACGAAGCUGGAGAAGGGCGAGUUCUCGAACGUUACGUCGGAGUUGUAGGUCGGUUUUUAGAACAGGAUGGGUGGGUGGGUGGCUACCUAGUAGAUAGAUUUAGGCUCUCUAGGCAGGUUUACCCACCCCCGCGCUCUUCAGUGGUAGUUUUUUCCGGUCUUUUGUAUGGAGUGUGGAUAACUUUAUGAAAUGAUCAAACUUUGAUACUUC